ACCAAAGAGCCUGUACGAAUCGUAAAAGGUUGUUGGUUGUGUGUGCUGACAUGGCAAUCUCUCUUCAGCUGCUGGCGUUGCUAGCGUGUCUCGUGGUGGUAAACUCCCAAAUGGUUGACAUAACAAGGCAAGAUUACUGGGUUCUUCUUGGACCAAGGAUCGAACCCUCCCCAGAAGGCCUCCGUGGACUGACGCUGGCUGCUACCGGAGGAACGACUCCUACCCAAGGUCCUGAUGGUCUCAACGCCUGGGUGUUCACCGGCCAGAACUACGUCAAAAUCACCAACGACGGAACUCUGAACCUCGCCAGCGAUAGCUUCACCAUUGCGACAUACGUUUACCAAGACGCUCUACGGAACGGGCCUAUUCUCGAAUGGCGUGGUAGGGGACCGUAUGGAACGCAUAUGUGGAUUUGGAGAAGCAAGCUCUUCGUCAACCUUGAUGCUUUCACCGGAAAAAAUGCCGCACAGUACCACAGGACACCGCAAGUUGGGAAGUGGUCUUUUGUCGGAGUGAGUUUCAACCGUACUAGCGGAGCUCUGAUGAUGUGGGACGAUGACGAUGUGAUGACACGAAAUGUAGGGGUGAUUGGAGACCGCGAUAUGGAUGGAGACUUGUACAUCGGCGUCCGACCAGCAAAUGUUAACUAUAAGUUCACCGGGAAGCUUGCUGGAACCACCUUGCUGAAAUGUGCAAUCAACGAAAAACAGAUCCAAUCAUUGAGGAGGCAGAUCAUCGAAGCUUCCAAACCAGCAGUUGACAUAUCCGGCCUUCCCUCGUGGCUCCUUCUUGGACCAAGGAUCGAACCCUCUCCAGAAGGCCUCCGUGGACUGACUCUUGCUGCUACCGGAGGAACGACUCUUGCCCAAGGUCCUGAUGGUCUCAACGCCUGGGUGUUCACCGGCCAGAACUACGUCAAAAUCACCAACGACGGAACUCUGAACCUCGCCAGCGAUAGCUUCACCAUUGCGACAUACGUUUACCAAGACGCUCUACGGAACGGGCCUAUUCUCGAAUGGCGUGGUAGGGGACCGUAUGGAACGCAUAUGUGGAUUUGGAGCAGCAAGCUCUUCGUCAACCUGGAUGCUUUCACCGGAAGAAGUGCCGCACAGUACCACACGACACCGCAAGUUGGGAAAUGGUCUUUUGUCGGAGUGAGUUUCAACCGUACCAGCGGAGCUCUGAUGAUGUGGGACGAUGACGAUGUGAUGACACGAAAUGUAGGGGUGAUUGGAGACCGAGAUAUGAAUGGAGACUUGUACAUCGGCGUCCGACCAGCAAAUGUUAACUACAAGUUCACCGGGAAGCUUGCUGGGACCACCUUGCUGAAGUGUGCAAUCAACGAAAAACAGAUCCAAUCAUUGAGGAGGCAGAUCAUCGAAGCUGCCAAACCAGCAGUUGACAUAUCCGGCCUUCCCUCGUGGCUCCUUCUUGGACCAAGGAUCGAACCCUCCCCAGAAGGCCUCCGUGGACUGACUCUUGCUGCUACCGGAGGAACGACUCUUACCCAAGGUCCUGAUGGUCUCAACGCCUGGGUGUUCACCGGCCAGAACUACGUCAAAAUCACCAACGACGGAACUCUGAACCUCGCCAGCGAUAGCUUCACCAUUGCGACAUUCGUUUACCAAGACGCUCUACGGAACGGGCCUAUUCUCGAAUGGCGUGGAAGGGGACCGUAUGGAACGCAUAUGUGGAUUUGGAGCAGCAAGCUCUUCGUCAACCUGGAUGCUUUCACCGGAAGAAGUGCCGCACAGUACCACACGACACCGCAAGUUGGGAAAUGGUCUUUUGUCGGAGUGAGUUUCAACCGUACGAGCGGAGCUCUGAUGAUGUGGGACGAUGACGAUGUGAUGACACGAAAUGUAGGGGUGAUUGGAGACCGAGAUAUGGAUGGGGACUUGUACAUCGGCGUCCGACCAGCAAAUGUGAACUACAAGUUCACCGGGAAGCUUGCUGGAACCACCUUGCUGAAAUGUGCAAUCAACGAAAAACAGAUCCAAUCAUUGAGGAGGCAGAUCAUCGAAGCUGCCAAACCAGCAGUUGACAUAUCCGGCCUUCCCUCGUGGCUCCUUCUUGGACCAAGGAUCGAACCCUCCCCAGAAGGCCUCCGUGGACUGACGCUUGCUGCUACCGAAGGAACGACUCUUACCCAAGGUCCUGAUGGUCUCAACGCCUGGGUGUUCACCGGCCUGAACUACGUCAAAAUCACCAACGACGGAACUCUGAACCUCGCCAGCGAUAGCUUCACCAUUGCGACAUACGUUUACCAAGACGCUCUACGGAACGGGCCUAUUCUCGAAUGGCGUGGUAGGGGAUCGUAUGGAACGCAUAUGUGGAUUUGGAGCAGCAAGCUCUUCGUUAACCUGGAUGCUUUCACCGGAAGAAGUGCCGCACAGUACCACACGACACCUCCAGUUGGGAAAUGGUCUUUUGUCGGAGUGAGUUUCAACCGUACGAGCGGAGCUCUGAUGAUGUGGGACGAUGACGAUGUGAUGACACGAAAUGUAGGGGUGAUUGGAGACCGAGAUAUGGAUGGAGACUUGUACAUCGGCGUCCGACCGGCAAAUGUUAACUACAAGUUCAUCGGGAAGCUUGCUGGAACAACCUUGCUGAAAUGUGCAAUCAACGAAAAACAGAUCCAAUCAUUGAGGAGGCAGAUCAUCGAAGCUGCCAAACCAGCAGUUGACAUAUCCGGCCUUCCCUCGUGGCUCCUUCUUGGACCAAGGAUCGAACCCUCCCCAGAAGGCCUCCGUGGACUGACUCUUGCUGCUACCGGAGAAACGACUCUUACCCAAGGUCCUGAUGGUCUCAACGCCUGGGUGUUCACCGGCCAGAACUACGUCAAAAUCACCAACGACGGAACUCUGAACCUCGCCAGCGAUAGCUUCACCAUUGCGACAUACGUUUACCAAGACGCUCUACGGAACGGGCCUAUUCUCGAAUGGCGUGGUAGGGGACCGUAUGGAACGCAUAUGUGGAUUUGGAGCAGCAAGCUCUUCGUCAACCUGGAUGCUUUCACCGGAAGAAGUGCCGCACAGUACCACACGACACCGCAAGUUGGGAAAUGGUCUUUUGUCGGAGUGAGUUUCAACCGUUCGAGCGGAGCUCUGAUGAUGUGGGACGAUGACGAUGUGAUGACACGAAAUGUAGGGGUGAUUGGAGACCGAGAUAUGGAUGGAGACUUGUACAUCGGCGUCCGACCGGCAAAUGUUAACUACAAGUUCAUCGGGAAGCUUGCUGGAACCACCUUGCUGAAAUUUGCAAUCAACGAAAAACAGAUCGAAUCAUUGAGGAGGCAGAUCAUCGAAGCUGCCAAACCAGCAGUUGACAUAUCCGGCCUUCCCUCGUGGCUCCUUCUUGGACCAAGGAUCGAACCCUCCCCAGAAGGCCUCCGUGGACUGACUCUUGCUGCUACCGGAGGAACGACUCUUACCCAAGGUCCUGAUGGUCUCAACGCCUGGGUGUUCACCGGCCAGAACUACGUCAAAAUCACCAACGACGGAACUCUGAACCUCGCCAGCGAUAGUUUCACCAUUGCGACAUACGUUUACCAAGACGCUCUACGGAACGGGCCUAUUCUCGAAUGGCGUGGUAGGGGAUCGUAUGGAACGCAUAUGUGGAUUUGGAGCAGCAAGCUCUUCGUCAACCUGGAUGCUUUCACCGGAAGAAGUGCCGCACAGUACCACACGACACCGCAAGUUGGGAAAUGGUCUUUUGUCGGAGUGAGUUUCAACCGUUCGAGCGGAGCUCUGAUGAUGUGGGACGAUGACGAUGUGAUGACACGAAGUGUAGGGGUGAUUGGAGACCGAGAUAUGGAUGGAGACUUGUACAUCGGCGUCCGACCAGCAAAUGUUAACUAUAAGUUCACCGGCAAGCUUGCUGGAACCACCUUGCUGAAAUGUGCAAUCAACGAAAAACAGAUCCAAUCAUUGAGAAGGCAGAUCAUCGAAGCUGCCAAACCAGCAGAUGCCUGCGUUUCUUCUCCAUGCCAAAACGGAGCAACGUGUACAGUAAUUGGGGAGGACUUCCAUUGCGCAUGCCGUGACAACUGGCUAGGGAAAGUCUGCGAAAGUCAGAUUAACUUUGACAUAUCGGGCCUUCCCUCGUGGCUCCUUCUUGGACCAAGGAUCGAACCCUCGCCAGAAGGCCUCCGUGGACUGACGCUUGCUGCUACCGGAGGAACGACUCUUACCCAAGGUCCUGAUGGUCUCAACGCCUGGGUGUUCACCGGCCAGAACUACGUCAAAAUCACCAACGACGGAACUCUGAACCUCGCCAGCGAUAGUUUCACCAUUGCGACAUACGUUUACCAAGACGCUCUACGGAACGGGCCUAUUCUCGAAUGGCGUGGUAGGGGACCGUAUGGAACGCAUAUGUGGAUUUGGAGCAGCAAGCUCUUCGUCAACCUGGAUGCUUUCACCGGAAGAAGUGCCGCACAGUACCACACGACACCGCAAGUUGGGAAAUGGUCUUUUGUCGGAGUGAGUUUCAACCGUACGAGCGGAGCUCUGAUGAUGUGGGACGAUGACGAUGUGAUGACACGAAAUGUGGGGGUGAUUGGAGACCGAGAUAUGGAUGGAGACUUGUACAUCGGCGUCCGACCGGCAAAUGUUAACUACAAGUUCAUCGGGAAGCUUGCUGGAACAACCUUGCUGAAAUGUGCAAUCAACGAAAAACAGAUCCAAUCAUUGAGGAGGCAGAUCAUCGAAGCUGCCAAACCAGCAGAUGCCUGCGUUUCUUCUCCAUGCCAAAACGGAGCAACGUGUACAGUAAUUGGGGAGGACUUCCAUUGCGCAUGCCGUGACAACUGGCUAGGGAAAGUCUGCGAAAGUCAGAUUAACUUUGACAUAUCCGGCCUUCCCUCGUGGCUCCUUCUUGGACCAAGGAUCGAACCCUCGCCAGAAGGCCUCCGUGGACUGACGCUUGCUGCUACCGGAGGAACGACUCUUACCCAAGGUCCUGAUGGUCUCAACGCCUGGGUGUUCACCGGCCAGAACUACGUCAAAAUCACCAACGACGGAACUCUGAACCUCGCCAGCGAUAGCUUCACCAUUGCGACAUACGUUUACCAAGACGCUCUACGGAACGGGCCUAUUCUCGAAUGGCGUGGUAGGGGACCGUAUGGAACGCAUAUGUGGAUUUGGAGCAGCAAGCUCUUCGUCAACCUGGAUGCUUUCACCGGAAGAAGUGCCGCACAGUACCACACGACACCGCAAGUUGGGAAAUGGUCUUUUGUCGGAGUGAGUUUCAACCGUACGAGCGGAGCUCUGAUGAUGUGGGACGAUGACGAUGUGAUGACACGAAAUGUAGGGGUGAUUGGAGACCGAGAUAUGGAUGGAGACUUGUACAUCGGCGUCCGACCAGCAAAUGUUAACUACAAGUUCACCGGGAAGCUUGCUGGAACCACCUUGCUGAAAUGUGCAAUCAACGAAAAACAGAUCCAAUCAUUGAGGAGGCAGAUCAUCGCAGCAGCGGAACCAACUGAGCAAAGCCAGAAGAAGCAGAUAAUAUGCGAAAAAGCAUCGGACACAAUAAGCUGCAUCGGCGGUUCUAUCAACAUAGUUUAUGCCAACUACGGCCGUACCAAUUCUUUCGUCUGCCCAGCUGGCCUCGCCUUCCAAAAGACCAACACCAACUGCCUCUCGGAGGCUGCCACCCUGGCUAAAGUCAGGAACGAGUGUCAUGGAAAGACUACAUGCAGCCUCUCCGUGUCGAAUGAGGAAUUUGGUGACUCGUGUUUCGGAACCACAAAGUACCUGGAUGUGCACUACACUUGCAGGGGACUCCCGUGAUGACUUUUAACUCGAAAUUUAAUGCUCUAAGCAGUGGUCGAUAGCCGUUGUUUUUUUCGUUCCAAGAAAACGCACUUGUUCCACUCACUUGACACAAAAACCUGUAUUACGGAUUUGGUAACGAAGGUGGCAGCUGAGAAAUGUACACGAGUUGCUUUUCCUAUCGGUUGUAGGCCUACUUGUAAGUGAAUAUCACGGUAAAGAGCGGUCUUUUUACAUGAAAUCAUGUACAUGGUGUUUACGGAGUUGCAAUACAAAACCAAAAGAUUGUCUGAAGAGUAUCAUAUAACUCUUUUCCGACCCAAUGUGAAUUGCCUUGGUUUUUCGAUAACCUGUCGGUCCCAUUUGCUGGUGUACUUAUUACUGCUCAAAGGUUACACUGUUGCACUGCUCCAAAGGUCGCAUAUCAUAUUGAUAAAAUUCUUUUAUUUUGAUCUUGCACCUCAACGCUUUGUCGUGCUCUUCGUGCACAGAAUGGGCUUGUACACAUGUACAAUGUACUAACAUUGUACCUGUACAUUGUACGUUAUAUGCACUGUACAGUCUGUGCACUAGGCACAUUAUUCGUGUAUGUCGACUUGUGCACGACGCCAUCAUGGCAACAGCUCGACUUUUUCUCUCCAAAUGUUCGUUGCAGUAAAACUCGUAUAAAAAUUUAAAAAUAAUGAACAGGUUGCUGAAAUGAGGCAAUGCAGGUUAUCUGUAGUAUACUUAUUUACUUGCAUAAAAAAGUUGUAAUACCAGACCUCUCUGGUAGCUGGUUAAUACACUGUUAUGUCUGUUAAUUCUUCAAUAAAAACAUUGGAUCAUGAAA